UUCGCUUGACGCUCACUGAGGAAAAAGGAAAGCAAAGGGAUCAGGCGGUAGAAAUGGAGAGCAAAAGGACUGGGGUGGAGAGAGAGCGAAAAUGUUGAAGAGACAUGGCGUGGCAACAAGACAAAAUAAGGGGAUAUCUGUCCACCAAAAGGGCUUUUCUGAAUAACAAAGUCAAGGUUGAGGAGUCGAGCUAACGUUAACUGUCUGGAGGAUUUUGAUUUCGCUUUGCUUUGGUCCUACCUCGUAAUCAGUGCGCACUCAACGUUUGUGUUGGUCUGUAGCUAUCUGCAGAGAGAAGUCUGUGGCGAACAACCCAGUCUGACAGAAUAAAAGGUAGCUCAGUAUGAGCCGAGAUGGAUGGACAAAGAAGAGAGCCAAUGACAGUGGUGACAAUGGUUGGGCUGAAAGUGGCGGCUAUAUGGCUGCAAAAGUUUCUAAGCUGGAGGAGCAGUUUAAACUCGAUGCCCCCAGAGAGAAACAAAAGGAUGGUUCAUGCUCCAAUAUUUUUAGCGGUGUGGCCAUCUAUGUCAAUGGAUACACAGAGCCAAGUGCAGAUGAGCUACGCAGACUAAUGAUGUUGCAUGGUGGCCAGUUCCACAUGUACUACUCUCGCUCCAAGACCACCCACAUCAUCGCCAAUAACUUGCCCAACAGCAAAAUUCAGGAGCUCAAAGGGGAAAAGAUCAUCAGGCCAGAGUGGAUCCCCGACAGUAUCAAGGCUGGGCGUCUCCUGCCUUACUUCCAGUACCAGCUGUACACUAAACAGAAAGGCCCACUCUUCCCUGGCACGACUCUGCGCCAGACGUCAGAGAUGGCAGGACCCAGCCAUGGGCUGCUUCAGCCGAGCAUCCAUCAAAAGCUUCAUCUGCCACAGGGCAGCAUUCAGCACUCUGUACUCAACCAUGACCAGUCCACAUCCAACUCUGUCCCUAACCCCAGCCACAGUGGACUUUACCAAGGCAACAUCCAACCUCAGUCCAUCCAGCAAAGUUCUGCAGUUUGCUUCAUUAACCAACAACCAAGUCACUUAGCAUCCACUUACCUCAAUACAGAUCCCAGACACAGAAGCCCUUUGCACACCCACCUGCUGUCUAACCCAAGCCCCACAAAGCACCCCCACAAGCCCCAACAGUCUGCUGUUCAAACAGCUAAUUCUAAUCUCCAGCAUCAAAGAGCUAGCCAACCACAACCUCAGAACAACUCUUCUUGCAACAGUGCCCGGAGUGGCUGCAAGGAAGUGGAAAUAAAAAUAAACAGAUUAUUACAGAACUCAUUGGAUGUGAUGAGCCCUUCAAAAAUGAAUGAAAUACAAGAUUGUGGCAAAGGAGAUCCUCUCCCGCAGGUGGUGAAGGAAGCACAUCUGACAAAUGGACACACUCACCUUGUUAAUGGUGCCUUAAAGCCAGAGGACCUGUCUCCUGUUACAGAUGAACACUCUGUUGACAAUGAAUGGCCUCCAUGCAGAGUCAAGAGUUCAGAUGAUAAACCUCAGAGUCCUCCAGUACAGUUUCAGAGCAAACCUGACCCUUAUGAGUUUCCCCAUAGUCCUCCAAAACAAUCUGACCAGUCUCCUGUCUUUCUAAAGCAAUCCAAUUCACAUGGAGCCAAUGAGCAGAGACCUAAACCUCCACCACCCACCUACCAGGAGGCUAUAAAAGCCACUGAGAGCCACCUACUCCCAAAACAGCUCCAGCAAUCCUGUCAAGUUGAUUCAAAUCCAGAAAAGACUCUGUCACCCGCAUCUCGCUCUCUUUCACAUACUCCAAUUCGACUGAACGGAAGUCACCACAAUGCCUUUUCGUCUGACCCUGCCUCACUUAACACAACCAACGUAACAGCCAAACCGGAUCCUCCCACUGAAAAGGUUUUAUCACCAUCUAAGUCGUCAGCUCAGCUGCUGGCACAGACAGGCGGUUUGAUCUCUGAGUUCUACUCUCACUCACGUUUACACCAGAUCUCCACAUGGAGGUCCAGCUUUUCGGAGUAUGUCAAUGAACUGCACGGGAAGCGAAAAGCGGUGGGAGGGGCCUCCUUUCCUGGGAAAGACCGACUGAGGAAAUCUGUGGCCCAGCGCUCAACAGACAGUCGAGGAACGUCAGCACCCACAAGUGUUAAAUCUUGUAUUCUUCAUGUGGACAUGGACUGCUUCUUUGUGUCUGUGGGGAUCCGACAUCGGCCAGAGCUUAGAGGGAAGCCUAUAGCUGUGACCAGUAACCGUGGACAGGGCAGAGUGCCCCUGAGGCCCGGGGCCCACCCUCAGCUGGAGCAGCAGUACUACCAGAGGAAACAUACUCAUCCACAACCUGAGAGGGCAGAUGAGGAUCUACACAGAAGUCCUUCACAAGAGAGUCCUGACUCCCAUGCUAACGGAGUGGACCAGGCUGCUGCCACUCUCUCAAUGGCAGAGAUUGCAUCCUGCAGUUAUGAGGCUAGGCAGGCUGGUGUGAGAAAUGGGAUGUUUUUUGGCAAAGCAAAACAGCUGUGUCCCUCGCUGCAGUCUGUCCCAUAUGAUUUUGAGGCCUAUAAAGAGGUGGCGCUCACCAUGUAUGAGACUCUGGCAGGUUACACCCAUGACAUUGAGGCUCUGAGCUGUGACGAAGUGUUGAUAGACGGUUCUGCUCUGCUAACCGAGUUGGGCAGCAACCCAGAAGAUCUGGCUAGUGCAAUCAGAGCAGACAUCAAGGAGAAAACCGGAUGCUGUGCUUCAGUGGGCAUGGGGUCCAACAUCCUGUUGGCUCGGUUGGCGACCCGUAAGGCCAAGCCAGAUGGCCAAUACUUGUUAAAGUCUGAAGAAGUGGAUGAUUUUAUCAGGGACCUGCCAGUGACCAGCUUACCAGGCGUUGGGCCUGUUAUGGGCAAAAAACUGGCUGCUAUGGGUGUGAGGUCAUGUGGGGACCUCCAACAGGUGUCUCUGUCUCAGCUACAAAAGAAGUUUGGACCCCGGACCGGACAGACCCUCUUCCGCUUCUGCAGGGGGCUAGAUGACCGACCUGUCCGCUACGAGAAGGAAAGGAAGUCCGUCUCAGCUGAGAUGAACUACAACAUUCGCUUUACUACGGUUGAUGAGGCAGAGUCUUUCCUGACUAACUUGUCCAUGGAGGUGCAAAAACGUUUACAAGAAGCAGGGCUGCGUGGACGCAGAGUUACUCUUAAGGUCAUGGUUCGCAAGGUUGGAGCGCCACUCGAAUCUGCUAAAUACGGCGGUCAUGGCAUAUGUGAUAACUUAGCCAGGACUGUGAUGCUCGCUCAAUCCACUGACAGUGGUCAGCUGAUAGCCACUGCAGUCAUCAAGCUGUUCCACGCCAUGAAGUUGCAGGUUCAGGACAUGAGAGGAGUCGGCAUCCAGGUUCAGCUUCUUGACGGACACCGCUCUGUCCCCCAGGACUCUUCGGGCCCCGGGACACGCUCCAUCAAAGAAAUGUUGCUAGGCAGUGGAAGUGCAAGAUCCAGUCACGGAGAUGCUGCUGACAACAGCACACAUCAGGAAAAGGCUUCGUCAACCACAGGCCCAUCAUCUCGCUCCUCUCCAGGUCCUCUGUCCUCUCCCGAGCCGGUCCCAGGGACGAGCAGAGACCAGCAGGCAGGCAGACAAACUCCAAAACAUUCUCGAGCCCGUCUCAACUUCAGCAUUGAGGUUCCCUCCCCUUCACAGGUGGAUCAUUCUGUGUUGGCGGCGUUGCCCGCAGAUCUGAGAGAACAAGUGGAGCAGUCAUGGACUAAUCGGGAUGGGAGAGCAAGUAACCGUCGGUCACCCAGUCCACGGCCCGCUGCUCCUCUUCCACAGCCUCCAUCUCUAAAGUCUCGUCCUACCUCCCCUCUUCGUCCUCCUGUCUCUGGUCCUGCACUCUACACUCCACCCGUUGGCACAUUGCUUCUACAGAUUCCAAACCAGCCCGACAGUCCAGGAAUUGUGCUGGAACUACCAAACUUCUCACAGGUUGAUCCGGAUGUAUUUGCUGCCCUUCCCAAAGAGCUCCAGGACGAACUGAAGUCUUCCUACAACCGCGUAAUAAAUGUCCAGCCCCAGGCAAAAAUAUCAGUGGAGCAGAAGAAUCCACUGUUGCAGCUAAAACAGUCAGGACUUGGAGUUGGCAUUGGUCGAGUGAAGCGGCGCUACAAGAGAAAAAAUGCCGUGAGCCCUGUUAAAAAAGGUCCUUCCCCUCUAAAGAGGCGUCACACAACUAACAGCCCAGCCAAAACCCUACCACCUCCUAUGAAAUCACGGGAAACAAUAAACAUAUUAAAGACUGAAAAUUGUCCCUCCACAUCAACCUCAAAACCAGACAUCCCAGAGUCUCUGUCCAAAUUCAUUCCUCGCCCUUCUCCAGUGUUGGCCGGAGCCUAUGACCUGACGGACAUUAAAACCCUCCUACGGGAAUGGGUCACCACCAUAACAGAACCCAUGGAGGAGGACAUCCUGCAGGUGGUAAAAUACUGCACUGAUCUGAUUGAGGAUAAAGAUCUGGAGAAGUUGGAUCUGAUUAUAAAAUAUAUGAAAAGGCUCAUGCAGCAGUCGGUAGAGUCUGUUUGGAGUAUGGCUUUUGACUUCAUCCUAGACAACGUGCAGGUGGUUGUGCAGCAGGCUUAUGGUAGCACCCUAAAAGUAGUAUGAAGAAGGAGGGGGUACUAUUCUCUCUGUGUGUUACCAUUGCACCAAGACUUUUUGUUUUGCUACUUUCACAUGGUCAUCUGCAAUACAAAUUAUGACGUUAAAAUUAUGAUUUUCGUCCUUCUCAACUUAAUGUUCUCUGUGGCCUCCUGAGAGUGAGACACAAAUGAAUGACUCCCCACACACACGCACACACACACGCACACACACAAUAUGAGAAAGUGUUACAAGAGCCAUGACAGUAUUUCAUGAGAUUUUGUACAGUUCAUUAUUUUCUGUGCUUGCUUUUUUAAGGGAAAAGUGAAAUUGAGACAAACUGAAAGGCAGAAAAUUAACUUAGAAUCUACUCCCCAAAACUCAGAACAGUGGUAAGCGUAGCAGCUUUUUGCAAUUUCAUCAUUUUUCAUGUGGAGUUCUUUUCUAAAUAAACGUAUGUGAAAUUUUAUAUAAAUAAAAACAUUUUGCAGGCAGUGCUUAACUAUUUGUUAUACAAGCCAAGCCUUAUAAGAUUUUUUUAUUUCCUCCUGAUGAGCGUUUUUCAUCUGAAAUAGCAGUUGACGUCCCCUAUGUGUUCCUAAGGUUUAAAAUACACAUGUUGGGAGUUUCUUUUUCCAUGUAUGCAGUUAAAUCAGUCUUGGUUUAAAAUAAUGACUGUGGUAAACACAUCCAUAAUGUUUAAACGCAAAGCACCUUUUAGAGAUUUUAGAAUCAGUUAAGCACUCCUCAGACAUCAGAUUUAUGAUAAUACCAGAAAUGGUAGGAUUAAAAUGUCUUGUUUUUCAUCAGUUUCUUUGGUGCUCCUGCCACUUGUACGGACAUGUGAACUAUCUACUACUGCUGUGUCACAAAAAAAAAAAAAUAUAUAGUCUGCCGCAUAAAGUGGUAUCUUUUUUUCUUGUCUCUC